AGCGACGCCCACUUUUCGCUGGGCGAGGGCCAAAAGGAGCCGGGAUUGGCAGGCGUGCCCCAGCCGAGGGCUUCAUUCACAAAGUCAAUGAAACAAAGGAGCGAGAGAGCCGAGCCGUGAGCGAGGCGAUGCGCCAAUGGGAGGCCGCCCCCGGGUGCACGACGGCCUGAGCCGCUGGGGCGCGGGGCGGGGCGGGACGGGGCGCGCCGGGGCUCCGCAUGGGCCGCGGGCCGCCGCCGAUGAGCGCGGGGCUCUGCCGGGCUGGGGCUGCGCCAGGUCGGGGGCGCAGGGGGCUCCGCUGGCCUGGGGGCUCUGCCGGGGCUGCGGGUGCGGGGGGCGCCGUCCCCACGGGGAUCGCCGUGGCGGCUAGGAGCGGGGGGCUCCCGCCUGCCUCGUCGCCAAAGUUUCAGGAGCUACGGCGCGAUCGCCGCCUCCCCGGCGCAGCGCGGGCCGGCCCCGUGGAGGCCAGGGCGCCUUGUCCCGCCGCGGCCGCUGGCUCCGCAGGUGGUGGCCGCUCCGCGGGCCGCCCCGCCGGGCGCUGCCACCGCACCCCCAUCCUCCCCCGCCCCGGUCGCUCCCGCCGCCAGCCGCCGCCUGUGCCUUCCGCAGUGCCCGCCGAGAGCCGGCAGCUCCGCGCCGCGAGGUAGCGCACGGCCGGGAGGAUGAAGGGCUACCUGGACCAGCAGGUGCCGUUCACUUUUCCGCAGCCGCCGGGGCACGCGGCUCCCGGCUGCCGAGCUCAGACGGGCCCCCGGAGGAGACCCGCGGCCCCGGGCUUGCCGCCGGCGCAGGAGUCGGAAGACCUCUUCCAGGAUCUGAGCCAGUUCCAGGAGACUUGGCUGACAGAAGCUCAGGUUCCAGACAGCGAUGAGCAAUUUGUGCCUGACUUUCAUUCAGAAAACUUAGCUUUUCACAGUCCUCCUGCUAAGGUUAAGAAGGAGCCCCAGAGUCCCUCCUCGGACCCCACACUGUCCUGCAGCCAUAAGCAGCCUUUCCAGUACUGCAAUGGCGAGCAGUGCCUUUACCCCAGCGCCUAUGAUCAGACCAGACAAGUUGGAAUCAAGUCCCCCAACCCAGGAACCCCGCUACAAUCACCGCUCCAACAUUUUCCUAGGCAGGACAGGAGCUUCCUGAGCUCCGUGGGGCCACCCCACUCCACCUCCAGCUGCGGAUACCUCAUGGAAAACAGCUCUGCCUACCAGCCAGCCGUGGAGAUGUGCCGCUCCUUCCCCUCCUCGCAGGGCAUGGCCCGAGAAGCCCCCGUCGCCUACCAGCACCAGGCGCCUGAGCCCUGCCUCCAGUACCCGCCGCAGGGCUUCAAGCAGGAGUACCACGACCCGCGGUACGAGCAGGCGAGCCGGGGCGGCGGCAGCCGUCAGUACCUGGCGGCCGUGGUGGUCAAGCAGGAGCAGGCCGACUACGCGCACGACUCAGAUGUUCCUGGCUGUCCUUCCAUGUACAUGAAUGUUGAGGGUUAUCCAAGCCAUUCAAACACAGAAGGUUCAUUAGGCUACAGCUAUGACAAGCAGAUGAGGUCCUUCGCUGAUGAUGUCUGUGUUGUUCCAGAAAAAUUUGAAGGAGACAUCAAGCAGGAAGUUGGAGGGUACCGGGAAGGACCACCGUACCAGCGACGCGGAUCGCUCCAGCUCUGGCAAUUCCUUGUGGCUUUAUUGGAUGAUCCAACCAAUUCCCACUUCAUUGCCUGGACUGGCAGAGGGAUGGAGUUCAAGCUCAUUGAGCCAGAAGAGGUAGCCAGGCUGUGGGGCAUCCAAAAGAACCGUCCAGCCAUGAACUAUGACAAGCUGAGCCGGUCCCUUCGCUACUAUUAUGAGAAGGGCAUCAUGCAGAAGGUGGCCGGAGAGCGCUACGUGUACAAGUUUGUGUGCGAGCCUGAAGCCCUUUUCUCUCUGGCCUUUCCUGACAAUCAGCGGCCCACCCUGAAGGCUGAGUUUGACCGGCAGAUCAGCGAGGAGGAUACGGUGCCGCUUUCUCACCUGGAUGAGAACGCGCCUUACCUGCCGGACCUUGGGAGCCUACCCCCACAGCUUCACGGCAAAGGCUAUGCGUAUUAGCGCUGCUGGGAGCCCGCUGGGACACCCUUGCGUGUGUAUAUAAGGAGACGCUUGGUUAGUACUCAGUCGGUAUAGGCAUGUCCCCAGGCCAGCCUGCGGCUGCACUAGACUGUGGAUACCUGCCUCAGCCAGGGAAAGGGUUUGGGUCCACCUGUGGAUAAGCAGCUGGCUGCCGUCAGGGCUCCUGCGUGUGUGUGAUGAGACCCCGUGGCUGGCAGGAUGGGACUAGCUCUCGGUGACACAGACCCCCCCCAAGCAGGGGAGCCUGACUGCAGCAGUGUCUCAGGUAGCUGCUGCCUCCAGCCGGAGCAGAUGAGCCUGUCGCAGUCCUUCUCUUCACCCAGGGAGGAAACGGGGUUCUAUCGGAUUUUGUCUCUGGUUUGAGGAUGCUACAACGCCGCUGCUGGCUCCGUUCCUCCAGCACCCAUCCAAAAGCCCUGAACGAGCUGCCCGCAGGAAGGGACAGCUCUGACCCACAUGGACACACCACUGCCAGGCAGACGUGCCUUUUUCCUGGGAGGUCUGCAACACAGUGGUCACAGACCACUAAUAACUGCUUUGUGGGAAUGGGGAAUACUUACGGUCUUGUGUGUGCUUGCUCCUGCCUUACCUGCUUCAUGCCAGGGCUGGCUGGUAUUCAGGGCUCUGUCUGAGCAGGGUAGCAGGAGGGACUGGCCAGGAUUAGAGAAGAGCUGGAGCUCGUGGCACCAUAGGCAGUUCAGGAGAACGGCAGAGCUGCCAGGCUGCACUGGUCUGGGGCACAGCUCCAAGCCAACAUCACCUUCAGGUAACGCAGGAAGCAGCAAGACGGGAACCACUGGUUCUUCAUAGCAUCUGGCUCGCAGAGGUCUGGCUUUCACCAUUGGCUAUUCCAAACUCAGUAACUUCUUCAACAAUCUUCCUCAGGCUCUGAGUGUGCCCAUCCUGGGCCUAGCAAGAAAAUCAUCUGAGGCAAGAAAAGAACCUGGUGAAGGUGUGUUAAGGAAAUGAUUUACAAAUAACCUAAAACAUACAAAGUUCUUAAUGUCUGAAUUUGGGCUUAACCUCUGCAGAUGUUUGCAUGUUUGAGGGAAGUCCUGGAGUGGCAGUAGGGUGGACAUCUGUGCAGGCCAGUGCAGCACGUGCAGCUUAACUAGACUCUGGCUGGUUUUCCACAAUGGGGAAGAUCUAUAACAGGCCCCAUAUCCCCAUUGACGGGUGCCUUGCUUUUAAUUAGCAGCUCCAGCCGUGUGCUCAGUUAGCGGAGGAGCAGUAUGGGGUACCCAAACAGCAGAAGCCUGCUUCCUGCUGCUUCAGUUUGACAAGCUGGCCACCGAGUGCGGAGCGCUGCCAGCGCUGCCAGUGUGGUCAUCCAGAGACUGAAUUCUGUAAGUUCAUUGAAAGCCGGGUUUUCCCCAGUGAUUCUCCCCUGCAUAGCUUAUGCCAGCCUCGUUCCCUGGCAUGAGGGCCAGGAAAAGCAGCUCUGCCAGCCUGAGGACAGGUCAGAGCUUCAGGGCAGCCUGCGCUGCUGGUGCCUUUGUGUGCCCUGUGCAGCCUAAAGGCUCAAUGUCCCGGCAGCACCCACCGGGCAAGCACGCUUCCCCCGGGGUCCCAGGAGUGAGGGCGAAGGGAACCCCCCCAUUGGCAUAAUCUGUCUUUAUUAUUUAUGAGUGUAAAAAUACUAUAAUUAAUAAAUUGGUCUAUAUCUUU